AAGUAUUAUGGCGGACAUGUUUUUGUGUUUGUAAAUAGAAUACAAACAUUGUCACAAGAUUGUGUGUAAUCGAAGCCUUAAUACGGUCUGUCUGCAGAAUCAUUACGAUUACAAUUAUCGAGAUCUUCUAAAACACAGAGAGACUAAUCGAGAAGUUAAGCCCGGUGACUUCCUCAAAGUUUCGUCUGAGUUUUACUCGCACCUCAGCUACCCAAUAUGUCUGGAUUUUUAGAUAACUGUCAAUUACCACGAUGCGAUUGCAUAGAACUCGGCGAAAGGCGGAAUAUGGUUGCUUCCAUCAUAUCCGGUAUAAUGUUUUUCAGUGGUUGGUGGAUUGUGAUCGAUGCGGCUGCCGUUUAUCCUGACAUGAAAGAUUUCAACCAUGCAUACCACACACCUGGGGUCAUCGGCACUGUGGCCUUCUUCCUGAUAAACUCGGUGUCAAAUGGUCAGAUUCGCGGGGAGAGCUACACUAACGGAUGUAUGGGACAAACAGGAGCUCGCAUCUGGUUGUUCUUUGGUUUCCUUCUGGGCUUUGGUGCUCUGAUUGCUGCAUCCUGGAUCUUGUUCGGCUUCUACGUCGUCCAGUUUGCGACUCCAGAUUGGCCUGGUAUUGCUGUCUUCCUGCAGAACGCACUCAUAUUUUUCAGUUCAAUUGUAUUCAAGUUUGGUCGGACUGAGGACCUGUGGGGGUGAGUUUGACCAGCCGACCGGCUGGACAGGAGAUGGCUGAGACCACAGAUUUAACAAGGAAUCAUCUCUUACACUGAAACCCACUGGGACAACUAUUAGUUUGUACUGUUUAUAUGCUGUUGCUGAAAUGUCUUCUUCAGUCUAUCAGGAAAUAGAAUGUGAAUAAUUUAUGGACAUUUCAUGAUAUUGAUGAAGAUUGUAAAUAUUCAGACAAUAUUUUAUGGGAUUUCCACAUUUGUUGGUUUUCUGCUGUAUCAAUAACUUCCAGGAUUUGUCUACAGCAGUAUGAUGACACAACCAACUAAUGAGAAAUACAAGUACAUCACUCUUCUCUGUCAUGCCUCUGGAAUUCUCUCUGAUUCAUGUUGUGUACUUGUAAAUUACUUGUGUGUGUAUUUGUGAUCUCCAAAGCUCCUGUCCCCAUAACCCAUGUCCUGUACAUAGUCCAGUCCCACGACUGUUUCUCCACACAACCCAGUGUAUCCUCUACCUUACAUAACUGCCUGUAUCUCUCCGGUGUGCUUCUCUCUCUUGUGUCUAUGUGGUCUGUCUACGUGAUCUGUCGACAUGGGUGGUCUAUGUGGGCUGUUUACGUGGUCUGUUAAAGUGGUCGGUCUACAUGGUCUACCUGGACUGACUCUCUUUACCUGCUGUAUCUGCAUCAAGUCUACCUGGGUUUUUUUCAUCAGGUCUGUCUACCUAGUUUAGUUUACCUGGGUAUGUUUGGAGCUAGUUAUAGAUUUUGUCAAUGGUUAACAUUGUCUCAAUGUCAGAAACAAGAAUCCUAUUGAUAAACUAGCAACGUGUGUUGUACACACACACUGUGACCAAAUCUCCAUACUUGAGAUUGAUGUGUGAGUCAGUGUUCAUCCCAAGGUAGCCAAGUUCAUACCCAGGUAGCCAUGUUCAUGCCCAGGUAGCCAUGUUCAUCCCCAGGUAGCCAUGUUCAUCCCCAGGUAGCCAUGUUCAUCCCCAGGUAGCCAUGUUCAUCCCCAGGUAGCCAUGUUCAUCCCCAGGUAGCCAUGUUCAGCAAACAAUAACGUUGUGCAGCGGCUCUGUAUGUGCUAUCGACAGUACUUCACUAGUGUGCACUGUUUCUCCUCUGUACUGUCAAUAUUGAUGAUUUGUUAGUGAGGUAGCUAUGUCCUUCCUCUUUGAUCUGAGAACUGUUGAACUGCAGUCAUUAUCCAACAGACAUUGUGUGAUUUUUCAAGCCUGUGUCAAGUUAGAAAUGUGACAUGACGUACACAGAUUUAGUCCACCAUGUGUGAAACAACAUGAAGAACCAAAACUGCUGGGAUCACAAGACAUGUUGAUGAUCUGGUCCAUGCUUGUGUCAGUGCUUGUGUCAGUGCUUGUGCAUGUACUGCACCCGAUUCACACCUGACAGUGAAUGUUUGUAUCCAUGGCAACACCUGCAGUCAAGAGAUGUACAUGAUUCUCAUUGACUGAGCUUGUGUCCAUGGCAACAGGUGGCAAUGGACCUAAUUCUGACUCAAUAGUGCUUGUGUCUGUGGCCUUGCAUGGACAGAGAGGGACCUGAUGUCCAUAUGGCUUAUGCUCUGCAUUGUUGGACUACUGUGCAAUUAUGUUUUUGUAAUUUAUGUCUUUGAAAUAUUUGUUAUUUAAAGAAACAAAUAAAAGUUGUUUCAAUAAAGCAAA